AUGAAAGCAAUUUUCAUUCAGUUCAUUGUCUUCCUAUUCUUUGCUUCUUCAGUACAAUGUAAAUUGUUCCUAAGUCCAAUCAAGAGACCCAUGUGGUCAAACAGCAUGGAAUCCGUUAACAGUGAAUCAGGCGCUGUGUGUUGUCAUGAUUCGCUCACAAAAAGUAACUUGACUUGUGCCAACAGUGUCUGCUGUCAAGUUUCUGGAUUGACCCCAUGUUCUCCAGACACCUAUACUUGUAUUCCCAAUGGAUCAACAUGUUGUUCCAAUGGAGAGUAUUGUCGUUCUGGAAAAUCAUGUUGUUCAAGUGAAACCAUUGACAACACUUCCUUAAUGCAAAGUAAUGUAGAUAUCAUCACCAUUGUUGGAGCAAGUAUUGGUGCUGGAGGUGGUUUUUUAAUUAUGAUCUUUAGUUUGAUUGGAUUACUUGUGUUCUUUUGUUGUUGUCAAACGAGUAAUCCUACAACGAAUCGACAAGUUGUGAAUACAUUUCAGAAUACAUUUGGACAAGGGAGAGAAAUGUUUCAAACGAAUAUGAAUACAUUGACCAAUGAUACUAGUAACAACAAUAACAAUUAUUAA